ACAUCGUCAUUGAUCAACAUUGAACGACCACUGCGAAAGUUCAAAUUUGUGGACUGUCUUAGUAUUAAUACUAAUAGUAAGUGUCUUGACCUGGCCAGGUAACUGAAGGCAAAGGGAAGCAAUCGGGCAAGCAGGAGAAGGCAGUGCAACGACAAUGGGUGGGAAGAGGCAGCAGCAGCAGCAGCAGCAGGAGGAGGACGACAACUCCGUUAGCUGCUGGGACGUGUCGAGCGUGCUUGCUGAUGAGAUGCACAUCAGUCCGGGCGUCGCUGGCAACAUCGUCCACCUACUGGAAGACGGGUGCACCAUUCCGUUCAUCGCUCGCUACAGGAAGGAGAAUACGGCGAAUAUGGAUGCAGGAAAGCUGCGAGAAGCGAGUGACGUCUACCAGGAACUAGUUGCAGUGCAGACGAAGGCGGAGGUCGUGUGUAAGCAGAUCAGUAAGCAGGGGAAGCUGACCGCUCCGGUGAAGGCGGCCCUCGCGCAUUCACACAGCAUGGUGGAGAUCGAACACAUCUAUGCUCCCUUCAAGACUGGUAGCAAGAGGACACUGGCAGAGAGAGCCAGGACUCUGGGUCUGGAACCUAUCGCAACUGAAAUCCUUCAGGGAAGAAAUGUGAACCCGUGUCGUUUCUUGCAACCUAACAAGAAAGGUCUUCAGACAAUGGAGGAAGUCGAGACAGGCAUACAGCACAUCAUUGCAGAUAUCAUCAGUAAGGACAAGAAUGUUCUGGACAGAGUGCGAGAACUGAGCCACGAUGCUGCAAUAUUGUUGAAGGUCACCAAGGCAAAAACAGUGAAGAAGAAAGUUGGGAACGAUGUUAAGAAUAAGGAGAAUGAACACAAGUUUGAGAUCUAUUACAAUUACAGUUCCCAAAUCAGGACGAUUCGACCUCAUCAGACGCUAGCCAUCAACCGUGGCGAAAGUUUGGGCGUGUUGUCGGUGAAAGUGGACGUGCCGCAGCGCGUCGCUGACGAAAUCACUCGGUUCUGCACUCGGAAGUACAUGGCGCACCCUGCCAGUGCGAGACUAGUGUGCAGCGCUGUGGCGGACGCCUACAAGCGGCUCCUCAAUCCUCUCAUGUGCAGGAAGAUUAGGUCGGAGCUCACGAAGGCAGCGGAGAACACGUCGCUGGAAGUGUUCGGCGGCAACCUGAAGCGUCUGCUGCUGACUCCGCCGGUGAGGGGCAAGGCCGUGCUCGGCAUCGACCCCGGCUUCAAGCACGGAUGCAAGAUGGCUGUCUGCUCGUCGACAGGUGAUAUUUUACGUACGGCUGUGAUAUACCCAUUCUGCAACCCAUCACUCAUGGCUCAGGCCAGGGACAAGAAGGAGCUUGUCAACAUUGUCAAGAAUUACAAUGUUGAUGUAGUUGCGGUAGGCAAUGGGACGGCAUGCAGGGAAACAGAGGAACACCUGUCACGCCUCAUUCAAGCUGGUGCAUUCCGACCACUCGACAUUGUCUACUGUAUAGUGGAUGAGAGUGGUGCAUCCAUAUAUAGUGUGUCAGAAGAGGCUGCUAAAGAGAUGCCAGAUCUAGACACUAAUUUUAGGAGUGUUUUUAGGCGAUGGUCUGAGUAUUGUGCAUUUUUCCACAGGCGAGUCUCAGGCCUGAAUGCAAAGCAGGCACAAAAUAUUAUCGAGUGGAGACGACAACAUGGCCGCUUCACCAACCGGCGCCAGCUGCUGGCGAUUAAGGGAAUCGGGCCGAAAACGUUCGAGCAGUGUGCUGGGUUUGUGAGGAUCACGUCCGACAACGCCUGCCCAUUGACGUGCAAAACAGAAACGAUGCCGUAUGAUGCUAAACCCAGCAGUUCGGGAGCAGUGAAAAGGAAGGCUGCAUCAGCAGGAGGUGGGAAGUUGAAGAAGGCUAAGACAACCGAGGUGGAGGAAUUGCAACUGGACCCUCUCGAUCGCACCUGCAUACACCCAGAAUCUUACCCAGUUGCUAGCAAGUUGUUGAAGUUGUUAGGUGUUCGUGUUGAAGACAUUGGAAAACCAAUGGUUGUCACUAGCAUGAAAAGGUUAAUAUCGACAACAUCUGUAAGCAAGCUUGCAAAUGACAUGUCUGUAGGAGAGCCAACCAUGCAGCUGAUAGUGGAAGGACUCCAGCAGCCAAUGGGAUAUGACAUCAGAGCUGAAUGCCAGACGCCGCUCUUCCGCAAGGGCGUCUGCUCGCUGGCGAGCCUCGCGCCGCACGCGCGCCUCACGGGGCAGGUGCGCAACGUGACGUCGUUCGGCGCGUUCGUCGACGCCGGCGUCGGCUGCGACGGCCUCGUGCACGUGUCGCGCAUGAGCCGCGCCGCGCUGCGGGGCAAGCCCACGCUCGAGCUCGGCGACCGCGUCGAGGUCGCUGUCCUCAACGUCGACGUCGCCAGAAAGCGCCUGGGGCUGGAGCUAGUCGCGCUGCUGUAGCCGCGCGACGGGAGGAGCCGCUGUAGCCGCGCGCCGGGAGGAGCCGCUGUAGCCGC